AUUAUAAACAAGCCGUUUCCUAGAUUGCUACAAUAAUAACAAUUUAAAAGGCUCGAAUAGUUAUUAAUUUAAAUUAAAAUAAUUCGUUUUCAACAAUGGCGUCAUCGCAAGACGCUUGGUAUUUAUCUCUUUUAGGAUUAGCCGAAUAUUUUCGUACAUCUAGCCCUCCUAUGAUUAAGAUGUGCAUUCGAUGUUUACAAGCGGUCUUUAAUUUUAAACCUCCUCCAAGGGUUGAGGCACGAACUCACCUGCAAUUAGGCAAUAUUCUACUUACUCAUACGAAGAAUGUCGAUUUAGCGAAAACACAUUUGGAACAGGCUUGGUUGCUGUCUCAAAUGAUCAACUCAUUCGACGAUGUUAAGUUUGAGGCUGCGAGCGUUUUGGCUGAACUGUACGAGCAACAAAAGCAACUAGCACCGUCCAAACACAUUUUAAGAAGGGCCGUCGAAUUAUCUCAGCAUAAUGUGUAUUGGCAUUGUAGGUUAAUUUUUCAACUUGCUCAAGUACACGCCAGUGAAAAGGAUUAUCAAUUAGCUAGCAGUUUAUUAGGUGUAGGAGUUGAUUACGCUCACAUCUCUAGUGCAAGCUAUACACGAGUAUUGUUCCUUCUAAGUAAAGCAAUGUUACUAUUAAUUGACAAAAAGCUACAAGAAGUGCAGCCAGUUCUGAACCAAGCUGGACAUUUAAUUGAAACAUGGACGGGAAGUGUGUAUCAAAAGGAAUACUUGAAGGUUUUCUUUUUGGUUCUUCAGGUGUGCCACUAUUUAAUGGCUGGUCAAGUGAAGAGUGUGAAACCGUGUUUAAAACAGUUACAGCAAAGCAUACAAACUAUUAUGGCUACAGAUGAAGUGGUUACAGGACCGAGCGCAGGAGAUAUGUUCUUAUGGAUGCCAAAGGAACACCUGUACGUCCUAGUCUAUCUGGUGACUGUUAUGCACAGCAUGCAAGCCGGCUACAUGGAAAAAGCGCAAAAAUAUACAGAUAAAGCGUUAAUACAAAUUGAAAAACUCAAAAUUGUUGAUAACAAACCAAUCUUGUCAGUAUUCCAAUUAAUGCUACUCGAGCAUAUAAUCAUGUGUCGUUUGGUAAUGGGAAAUAAAACCCAAGCGUUACAAGAAAUUACAUCGGCAACUACUCUUUGCAGGCAGCAUCCUCAGCUGUUGGAAAGGCAUGGACCUCAACUGCACACAUUAUUAGGUCUCUACGCGAUGAGCAUGAAUUGUAUGGAGGCAGCCGAAGCACAAUUUUCAGCCGUACUCGCAACUUCUAGCGAACGGGAGUUGUGGACUUUCGCCAAUCUAAACUUGGCCAUAGUUUAUUUACGAGCGAAACGGGAGCGAGAGUUUACCGCUUUGCUAGAUAGAAUUAAUCCAGAAAAUCUGCCAUCACAGUCGCAUAGUCUUCGUGCAGCUGCAUAUUAUGUACAAGGAUUGCAGGCUUUCUUUCAAGGCCGAUACAAUGAAGCAAAGAGAUACCUACGUGAAACUUUAAAAAUGGCAAACUCAGAAGACUUAAACCGUUUAACCUCGUGUUCGUUAGUAUUAUUAGGUCAUAUCUUCCUCUCGCUUGGCAAUAGCCGAGAAAGUAUGAAUAUGGUUACACCCGCCAUGCAAUUGGCUAGCAAAAUUCCUGAUGUUCACGUCCAAUUGUGGGCGUCGGCUAUUUUAAAAGAUUUGUAUCGUUUGUGUGGAGAUCCAAAUCGUGAGAAUGAAGCCUUCCAGAGACAUUUGAAUUUUUCGCAGAUGUUACUGAAGGAUCAUUUCCAAGCAUCUCAAAUGCAAGAACAUAAUCUCAUUCAGUGGACAACUGGACCUUUUCCUAGCUUGCCAUCAGACUCGCCGAGUACAUCUGGGGCAUUAUUAUAAACGAGUAUUUCUAUAGGUUUUAAACUUCAUUGAUCAAUUUAAAUUAUUUAUUCCAUUACAGUUUUCUCACUUUUGAUGUCAUUGUAAAACAAAUUUAUGUGGUCAUUGUUAUUUCAAAAUUACAGUUGCACACAAUCAUAAUGUAGAUCUUUGUGUAGGUACUACCUACUAAAUCUUUAAAAUAAAGUACGUACCUAACUUGA